GAAAGCGCACAGCCCUGCAGAGCCUGGGCCGUGGAGGCGCCCCUAGCCUCGCCCGCGUGUCCGGCCGCGGCGUGAUGCGCACGGACCGGUCUGCGAAGCCCGGCCCGCGACUGUCCCCGCACCUGGAUGCCGGCCCCGUGGCCGCGCCCCUGCCGCGCUCACUCGCCCCCGCGGCUUUCUCGGAGUCGGCCGGCGCCGGCGGGGCAGCUCGCUCUCCAUGGGGCUGAGGGACUGGCUGAGGACCGCGUGCUGCUGCUGCCCGUGCAAGUGCCUGGAGGAGCCUGCCUCGCCCGAGAAGGAGCCCCUGGUCAGUUCUACCAAUACAUAUUCUUCAUUUGGAGCAACUCUCGAGAGGGAGGAUGAAAAGAAUUUGUGGAGCAUGCCUCACGAUGUGUCCCACACAGAGGCGGAUGAUGACAGAAUCCUGUACAAUUUGAUAGUCGUUCGUAAUCAGCAGGCCAAAGAUUCAGAGGAAUGGCAAAAACUCAACUAUGAUAUCUACACCCUGCGACAGACUCGAAGGAAAGUGAGAAAUAAAUGGAAACGCAUUUUAGAAGAUUUAGGUUUUCAAAAGGAAGCAGACUCUUUGUUGUCAGUGACAAAACUCAGCACCAUCAGUGAUUCUGAAAAUAUGAAGAAAGCGCGAGAGAUACUGUUAAGACUGGCUGAAGAGACCACUAUUUUUCCAGCCGGUUGGCAGCUCUCCGAGAGGUAUCUGUAUGUUGUGGACCGUCUCAUUGCUCUUGAUGCUGCAGAAGAGUUCUUUAAAACUGCCUGUCGAACUUACCCCAAGAAGCCUGAGGUGCCCUCCCUGGCAGAUGACCGGAAAGAACCGCACUACCUUCCACUCCCAAGUCCCUAGAGGCGGGGCUGGGAGGCAGACUCGGAAUUCUUCCACUGGAACUCCAGCGGCCAACCAAAGCUGGACAAAUGAAUGUAGCUAACAGUGAGCAAGUAGAGGGCUAAGUAAUAAAUGAUUCUGAGUCCUACCAAAGUCUAAGGAUUUGAAUAUCUGGUCUUCAUGAGGACUUUAUUUUAUGAGAUGUUCAGAUUGCAUUAAAACACCUUGGCAAUAUUGCAUCAAAGAAUUGGUCAAUGGGCUAUGUCAUGGGUGAUUGGAUUCCAAGAACCCCUUGGCCUCUUGCUGGCUUCUGUGGUACGAUAAGCCUUAAUCAUUAAUCCUCCUGGAAGAAUGGGAUACUCUAGUUAGUAAAACAGCAAGAUUAAUGGAGGGAGUGCUCAUUGAGCCCAAGGUGCUAAGACAGACCAGUUUAAAAAAUAAUUAUUUUAUAUAUAGGCUAAUACCAAAAUAAUACCAGACACUGUGUGACCAUUCUUUAAUUUGGAAGAACCUACGGAACCUUGGAAGGGGUCAGAGGCAUCAUUUUAGGUAUCAGUUGUAAUUUGGAAAUACAGGUGGACCAGAUAAUAGAAAUGUCUAAGAGUGCUGCUCAGACACGAGUUCCAAAUAGAAUGACCCCCAGCAGAACAUCCUACAGCUACAUACAAAAAACUCUGUCUUCAGUUGUGGUACAAGCAUCUUGAAUUCUCAACACUAUUGGCAUGUUACCUCCUUUCUGCAUAUUGUCCACUUCUAAUCCAAAGGCCCUUGGUGUUUUACCCAGGAUAGUAUCUAUAAACAGAAAUGUUUGGCCUCUUCUUCCUUCUCUUCAAUCUGUUUCUGGCUCAUUGGCUGAGAGUUACAUCUGCCCAGGGACCUCGUGCAGUCUUAUAUCUUUGCCGGCCAUGUUGCUUCGAAAAAGGUCGUCGCUGGACUUUCAUUCUGAAGAUGAUUUUCAAAGGGGAGCAAUGCCGCCGAUGCAGCUGGCUUCUAUCUGCAGAUUGAGAAUUCCAGCUUCAAAAGUUACUUGCCCCUUAAGCAAGGAGCUUGCCAAGAAAUCAGGGUUCCUUUUAUUGAAAAGACUUUCAGAACUUGCAGGAUUCAUGAGGAGAUUGUUGAGAACAAUGGCAAUGUUGUCACUUUUACAUAUUUUGCUCUACUGACCGUAGGUUAGAAAGUAAGUUGUUUUUAGUUUGACCUAGGGAAUUGUGACUUGAAAAUAUGCAUAUCCUCCUUAGUUUCUUUGGUAGUGUACGCAAUGUUUAAAUUAUUUGUUAGAGGAGAUAUAUGUUCUCCAUUUGCUAAUGAGUUGCAGACCAAUUUAACUGAUACAGUUCAGGACAUUUUUUCCUAGUUUAAUAAGUAAGCUAAAAGUCUUAUUUUUAAUAUUUAGUGCCUCAUCCCUUUCAUAUUGUUUAAAUUAGCCUACAGAUAGUUUUCCUCAGUUCCAUGGGCUCUUGCAAGGUAAACAUACAAGCAAUGAAAUAUAGACACAAAAUAAAAAAACAAUAAAAUAAAAUU